AUGAGUGGCAAGAAGCUACGAAAUCUAUCUUACAAAAAGGCUGUGAGGAGACAAAAGUUGCUUGAACAAAGUAUCCAGUCUGCCCAAGAGGUCGAAAAAUCCUUACACUUAAUUCAUGAGUCCCUGGAAUUAAUUGACAAGCAGUUGACAGCUUAUAUUGCCGACAAAGUGGAUGCAGCUCAAAUGCCUCAGGAAGCCCAGAAAAUCCAGUCAGAUUUGACAAGUCAUGAGAUCAGUUUAGAAGAAAUGAAGAAACAUAACCAGGGAAAGGAGACUGCCCAAAGAGUCUUAUCCCAAAUUGAUGUUGCACAGAAAAAAUUACAAGAUGUUUCCAUGAAGUUUCGAUUAUUCCAGAAACCAGCCAAUUUUGAGCAGCGUCUAAAGGAAAGUAAGAUGAUAUUAGAUGAAGUGAAGAUGCAUUUGCCAGCUUUGGAAACAAAGAGUGUGGAACAGGAAGUAGUACAGUCACAGUUGAACCACUGUGUGAACUUGUAUAAAAGUCUGAGUGAAGUGAAGUCGGAAGUGGAAAUGGUGAUAAAAACAGGACGUCAGAUUGUACAGAAGAAACAGACGGAAAAUCCCAAAGAGCUUGAUGAAAGAAUUACAGCUUUGAAAUUGCAUUAUAAUGAAUUGGGUGCAAAGGUAACAGAAAGAAAGCAACAGUUGGAAAAAUGCUUGAAAUUGUCCCGGAAGAUGCGAAAGGAAAUGAAUGCCUUGACAGAAUGGCUGGCAGCUACGGAUAUGGAUUUGACAAAGAGAUCAGCAGUUGAAGGGAUGCCUAGUAAUUUGGAUUCUGAAGUUGCCUGGGGAAAGCGUUUAAAGGCUGAAAUGAAUGACAUACGCCCAAAGGUGGACUCCACACGUGACCAAGCAGCAAACUUAAUGGCAAACCGCGGCGACCACUGCAGGAAAAUAGUAGAGCCCAAAAUCUCAAAGCUCAACCAUCGCUUUGCAGCCAUUUCUCACAGAGUAAAGAUCAAUAAAGCCUCCAUUCCUUUGAAGGAAUUGGAGCAGUUUAACUCAGAUAUACAAAAAUUGCUUGAACCACUGGAGGCUGAAAUUCAGCAGGGGGUGAAUCUGAAAGAGGAAGACUUCAAUAAAGAUAUGAGUGAAGACAAUGAGGGUACUGUAAAAGAAUUAUUGCAAAGAGGAGACAACUUACAACAAAGAAUCACAGAUGAGAGAAAGCGAGAGGAAAUAAAGAUAAAACAGCAGCUGUUACAGACAAAACAUAAUGCUCUCAAGGAUUUGAGGUCUCAAAGAAGAAAAAAGGCUCUAGAGAUUUCUCAUCAGUGGUAUCAGUACAAGAGGCAGGCUGAUGAUCUCCUGAAAUGCUUGGAUGACAUUGAGAAAAAAUUAGCCAGCCUACCUGAACCCAGAGAUGAAAGGAAACUAAAGGAAAUUGAUCGUGAAUUGCAGAAGAAGAAAGAGGAGCUGAAUGCAGUGCGUAGGCAAGCUGAGGGCUUGUCUGAGGAUGGGGCCGCAAUGGCAGUGGAGCCAACUCAGAUCCAGCUCAGCAAGCGCUGGCGGGAAAUUGAGAGCAAAUUUGCUCAGUUUCGAAGACUCAACUUUGCACAAAUUCACACUGUCCAUGAAGAAACGGUGAUGGUGAUGCCUGAAGACAUGCCUUUGGAAAUUUCUUAUGUGCCUUCUACUUAUCUGACUGAGAUCACUCAUGUCACACAAGCCCUAGCCGAAGUGGAACAACUUCUUAAUGCUCCUGACCUGUGUGCUAAAGAUUUUGAAGAUCUCUUUAAACAAGAGGAGUCUCUGAAGAACAUAAAAGAUAACCUGCAACAAAUCUCAGGUCGGAUUGACGUCAUCCAUAAGAAGAAGACAGCAGCCUUGCAAAGUGCCACACCCACAGAAAGAGCAAAGCUACAAGAAGCUCUUUCUCAGCUUGAUUUCCAAUGGGAAAAAGUUAACAAGAUGUACAAAGACCGACAAGGGCGCUUUGACAGAUCUGUUGAAAAAUGGCGACAUUUUCAUUAUGAUAUGAAGAUAUUUAAUCAAUGGCUAACAGAAGCUGAACAGUUUCUCAAAAAGACACAAAUUCCUGAGAAUUGGGAGCAUGCCAAAUACAAAUGGUAUCUUAAGGAACUCCAGAAUGGCAUCGGGCAUCGGCAAACGGUUGUCAGAGCAUUGAAUGCGACUGGGGAAGAAAUAAUCCAGCAGUCUUCAAAAACAGAUGCCAAUAUUCUACAGGAAAAAUUGAGAAACCUGAAUCUGCGGUGGCAGGAGGUCUGCAAACAGCUGGCAGAAAGAAAAAAGAGGCUGGAAGAACAAAAGAAUAUUUUGUCAGAAUUUCAAAGAGAUUUAAAUGAAUUUGUUUUAUGGUUGGAAGAAGCAAAUAACGUUGCUAGCAUUCCACUUGAACUUGGAAAUGAGCAGCAGCUAAAAGAAAAGCUUGAUCAAGUCAAGUUACUGGCAGAAGAGUUGCCCCUGCGCCAGGGAAUUCUAAAACAAUUAAAUGAAACUGGAGGAACGGUGCUUGUAAGCGCUCCCAUAAGCCCAGAAGAGCAAGAUAAACUUGAAAAUAAGCUCAAGCAGACAAAUCUCCAGUGGAUAAAGGUUUCUAGAGAUUUACCUGGGAAGCAAGAAGAAAUUGAGGCUCACAUAAAAGACCUUGGGCAGUUUGAAGAGCAGUUAAAUCAUCUGCUUCUGUGGUUGUCCCCUAUUAAGAAUCAGUUGGAAAUUUAUAGCCAACCAAAUCAAACAGCACCAGUUGACAUUAAGGAAACUGAAGUAGCAGUUCAAGCUAAACAGCCAGAUGUGGAAAGGAUUUUGUCUAAAGGGCAGCAUUUGUAUGAGGAAAAACCAGCCACUCAGCCAGUGAAGAGAAAGUUAGAAGACCUGAGCUCUGAUUGGAAGGCAGUAAACCAUUUACUUCAAGAACUGAGGGCAAAGCGGCCUGGCCUAGCUCCUGGACUGACCACUGUUGGAGCCUCUCCUAGGCAGACUGCUACUCUGUUGACACAACCUGUGGUUACCAAGGAAACUGCUAUCUCCAAAGUAGAAAUGCCAUCUUCCUUGCUGUUGGAGGUACCUGCUCUGGCAGAUUUCAACCGGGCUUGGACAGAACUUACCGACUGGCUUUCUCUGCUUGAUCGAGUUAUAAAAUCGCAGAGGGUGAUGGUGGGUGAUCUUGAAGACAUCAACGAGAUGAUCAUCAAGCAAAAGGGAAUGACGCAGGAUUUGGAACAGAGACGCCCCCAGUUGGACGAACUCAUUACCGCUGCCCAGAAUCUGAAAAACAAGACCAGCAAUCAAGAGGCUAGAACAAUCAUAACUGAUCGAAUUGAAAGAAUUCAGAGUCAGUGGGAUGAAGUACAGGAACACCUUCAGAGCCGAAGGCAGCAGCUGAAUGAAAUGUUAAAGGAUUCAACACAAUGGCUGGAAGCUAAGGAAGAAGCUGAGCAGGUGUUGGGGCAGGCCAGAGCCAAGCUGGAAUCGUGGAAGGAGGGUCCCUACACAACGGAUGCAAUCCAAAAGAAAAUCACGGAGACCAAGCUGUUGGCCAAAGACCUCCGGCAGUGGCAGAUAAACGUAGACGUGGCAAAUGACUUGGCACUGAAACUUCUCCGGGAUUAUUCUACAGAUGAUACGAGGAAAGUACACAUGAUCACAGAGAACAUCAAUGCCUCUUGGGGAAGCAUUCAAAAAAGAGUAAGCGAGCGAGAGGCUGCUUUGGAAGACACUCAGAGAUUACUGCAACAGUUCCCCCUGGACCUCGAGAAGUUCCUUGCCUGGCUUACUGAAGCUGAGACAACUGCCAAUGUCCUGCAGGACGCCACCCAUAAGGAGAGGCUUCUAGAAGACUCCAAGGGCGUAAGAGAGCUGAUGAAACAAUGGCAAGACCUCCAAGGAGAAAUUGAAGCUCACACGGAUAUCUAUCAUAACCUGGAUGAAAAUGGCCAAAAAAUCCUGAGAUCCCUGGAAGGUUCAGAUGAUGCGGUCCUGUUGCAAAGACGUUUGGAUAACAUGAACUUCAAGUGGAGUGAGCUGCGGAAAAAGUCUCUCAAUAUUAGGUCCCAUUUGGAAGCCAGUUCUGAUCAGUGGAAGCGUCUGCAUCUUUCUCUUCAGGAGCUUCUUGUGUGGUUACAGCUGAAAGAUGACGAGUUAAGCCGGCAGGCACCAAUUGGAGGCGAUCUUCCAGCAGUUCAGAAACAGAACGAUGUACACAGGGCCUUCAAGAGGGAAUUGAAAACUAAAGAACCUGUAAUCAUGAGUACUCUUGAGACUGUACGAAUAUUUUUGACAGAGCAGCCUUUGGAAGGACUUGAGAAACUCUACCAGGAUCCCAGAGAGCUGCCUCCUGAGGAGAGAGCCCAGAAUGUCACUCGGCUCCUACGAAAACAGGCUGAGGAGGUCAACUCUGAGUGGGAAAAAUUGAACCUACACUCUGCUGAAUGGCAGAGAAAAAUAGAUGAGGCCCUCGAAAGACUGCAGGAACUUCAGGAGGCAACGGAUGAACUGGAUCUCAAGCUGCGUCAAGCUGAGGUGAUAAAGGGAUCCUGGCAGCCUGUGGGUGAUCUCCUCAUCGACUCUCUCCAAGAUCACCUCGAAAAAGUCAAGGCACUUCGAGGAGAAAUUGCACCUCUUAAAGAGAAUGUAAAGCACGUCAAUGACCUUGCUCGCCAGCUCACCACAUUGGGCAUUCAGCUCUCACCAUAUAACCUCAGUACUCUGGAAGACCUGAACAGCAGAUGGAAGCUUCUGCAGGUGGCCACUGAGGACCGCAUCAGGCAGCUGCAUGAAGCCCACAGGGACUUUGGCCCAGCCUCCCAGCACUUCCUUUCCACUUCUGUCCAGGGUCCCUGGGAGAGAGCCAUCUCACCAAACAAAGUGCCCUACUAUAUCAACCACGAGACCCAAACAACUUGCUGGGAUCAUCCCAAAAUGACAGAGCUCUACCAGUCUUUAGCUGACCUGAACAAUGUGAGGUUCUCUGCUUAUAGGACUGCUAUGAAACUCCGAAGACUGCAGAAGGCCCUUUGCUUGGAUCUCUUGAGUCUGUCAGCUGCAUGUGAUGCCUUGGACCAGCACAACCUCAAGCAAAAUGACCAGCCCAUGGACAUCCUACAGAUCAUUAAUUGUUUGACCACUGUUUAUGAUCGCCUGGAGCAAGAGCACAACAAUCUGGUCAACGUUCCUCUCUGCGUAGAUAUGUGUCUCAAUUGGCUGCUGAAUGUUUAUGAUACGGGACGAACAGGGAGGAUCCGUGUCCUGUCUUUUAAAACCGGCAUCAUCUCUCUGUGUAAAGCACAUUUGGAAGACAAGUACAGAUACCUUUUCAAGCAAGUGGCAAGUUCAACAGGAUUUUGUGACCAGCGCAGGCUGGGCCUUCUUCUGCACGACUCUAUCCAAAUCCCCAGACAGUUGGGUGAAGUUGCAUCCUUUGGAGGAAGUAACAUUGAGCCGAGUGUCAGAAGCUGCUUCCAGUUUGCCAAUAAUAAGCCUGAGAUCGAAGCAGCCCUCUUCCUUGACUGGAUGAGACUGGAGCCCCAGUCCAUGGUGUGGCUGCCUGUCCUGCACAGAGUGGCUGCUGCAGAAACUGCCAAGCAUCAGGCCAAGUGCAACAUCUGCAAGGAGUGUCCAAUCAUUGGAUUCAGGUACAGGAGUCUAAAGCAUUUUAAUUAUGACAUCUGCCAAAGCUGCUUUUUUUCUGGUCGAGUUGCAAAAGGCCAUAAAAUGCACUAUCCCAUGGUGGAAUACUGCACUCCGACUACAUCAGGAGAAGAUGUUCGUGACUUUGCCAAGGUACUAAAAAACAAAUUUCGAACCAAAAGGUAUUUUGCGAAGCAUCCCCGAAUGGGCUACCUGCCAGUGCAGACUGUCUUAGAGGGGGACAACAUGGAAACUCCUGUUACUCUGAUCAACUUCUGGCCAGUAGAUUCUGCGCCUGCCUCGUCCCCUCAGCUUUCACACGAUGAUACUCAUUCACGCAUUGAACAUUAUGCUAGCAGGCUAGCAGAAAUGGAAAACAGCAAUGGAUCUUAUCUAAAUGAUAGCAUCUCUCCUAAUGAGAGCAUAGAUGAUGAACAUUUGUUAAUCCAGCAUUACUGCCAAAGUUUGAACCAGGACUCCCCCCUGAGCCAGCCUCGUAGUCCUGCCCAGAUCUUGAUUUCCUUAGAGAGUGAGGAAAGAGGGGAGCUAGAGAGAAUCCUAGCAGAUCUUGAGGAAGAAAACAGAAAUCUGCAAGCAGAAUAUGAUCGUCUGAAGCAGCAGCAUGAACAUAAAGGCCUGUCCCCACUGCCGUCCCCUCCUGAAAUGAUGCCCACCUCUCCCCAGAGCCCCCGGGAUGCUGAGCUCAUUGCUGAGGCCAAGCUUCUGCGUCAACACAAAGGCCGCCUGGAAGCCAGGAUGCAAAUCCUGGAGGACCACAAUAAGCAGCUGGAGUCACAGCUACACAGGCUAAGACAGCUGCUGGAACAACCCCAAGCAGAGGCCAAGGUGAAUGGUACAACGGUGUCUUCUCCUUCUACCUCUUUACAGAGGUCAGACAGCAGUCAGCCUAUGCUGCUCCGGGUGGUUGGCAGUCAAACUUCAGAAUCCAUGGGUGAGGAAGACCUUCUCAGUCCUCCCCAGGACACAAGCACAGGGUUAGAGGAGGUGAUGGAGCAACUGAACAACUCCUUCCCCAGUUCGAGAGGAAGAAAUACCCCUGGAAAGCCAAUGAGAGAGGACACAAUGUAGGAAGUCUUUUCCACAUGGCAGAUGAUUUGGGCAGAGCGAUGGAGUCCUUAGUUUCAGUCAUGACAGAUGAAGAAGGGGCAGAAUAAAUGUUUUACAACUCCUGAUUCCCGCAUGGUUUUUAUAAUAUUCAUACAAAAAAAAAAAGAGGAUUAGACAGUAAGAGUUUACAAGAAAAAAAAAUCUAUAUUUUUGUGAAGGGUAGUGGUACUAUACUGUAGAUUUCAGUAGUUUCUAAGUCUGUUAUUGUUUUGUUAACAAUGGCAGGUUUUACACGUCUAUGCAAUUGUACAAAAAAGUUAUAAGAAAACUACAUGUAAAAUCUUGAUAGCUAAAUAACUUGCCAUUUCUUUAUAUGGAUCGCAUUUUGGGUUGUUUAAAAAAUUUAUAACAGUUAUAAAGAAAGAUUGUAAACUAAAGUGUACUUUAUAAAAAAAAGUUGUUUAUAAAAACCCCUAAAAAUGAACACACACACACACACACACAAAUUUUGAGGCAGUGCAUUGUUUUGCAUC